UGUACAACUAGGUGGCCUUGAACUCAAAGAGAUCCAUUUGCCUCAUCUUCCCAAGUGAUGGGAUUAAAGGCAUGCACUACAGAUUUUUUCCCCCAACUGUCUACCCUGGCCUUGGCUCUGUUGUGAUAACCAUAGAGCUAUGCUCUCCUCCUGGAUUUUCUUCAGUCCUGCAGAGAUGAGAAGACAGUAAUGGAGACCUCUAAAUCUGUCCUGGUAGCAUAGCUAUAAUUUUUGCAGUUAACCUUCCCAGGAUAGGGUAUAUAGGAUCUUUAUAACCCUAAAUAUGUCCUUGGACUCGGUCCAUUUGGUAACUGUAUUGGGCCCAGAUCUGGAUAGCAGGACGUCAGCUGACCUGGGCAAUACAGGCACAAGCAAUACUGUUCAUCCCUAUUUCUGCUGAUGUAGCCCAAGCUACCAUUAGCUAUUUCUGUACAAAUACAGGCUGGACACUGAUACCUCAUAUUCUAGAAUUUUGACCUGAUUCUAUUCUGUUUGCUGUCUAUGUGUGUGCUCAAGCACAUGUCAUGCAUACAUGUCCCAUGGCACACGUAAGUAAGUCAGAAUAACUUUGAGGUCAAUUAUCUUCUUCUACCUUUAUAUGAGUUCUGGGGAUCUACAGGUCAUCAGGCUGCUGAGAAGUGCGUUUACCCUUCAGCCAUGUCUCUGGCCCCUUGAUUCUUUUAAUGCAGGAGUAGUCAGCUCUCUUAGUGAGCUAAAAAAGUAUUCCCAGUCAUGUUUCAAUCAAAAAGAGUCAGAUCCAAUUCUUUCUCUUUUUCCCUUUCUAGAAAUGCACUUGUUUCCCCUAGACAUAAUAUUUAGAAAGAUCUCCACCUCCAUGCUUGGCAAAGAAGCUAGUGGGCUGACCUUAGUCGCUAUCACUUCUUACAGUUGGCACAGUGUUCUGGGAUUUAUGAGGUGGCCUUGCUGAUUCUGAGAAGGCUGUGUGCCUGGGCAGGCGUGGAGAACUUGGCUUGUGGGCGGAGGGCAGGCCCUGAGGACCUGGGGGUGUGACCCUCUGGUCUGAAGCAGUUUCAGUCUGGCUGGAGCCCUCAAUCCCAGCCCAGGAUUCUUCAGCACCCAGUCUCUGGAAAAGGCUCCACUUUCCCAGGCCCAGGUAUCCUAGCAGGCCCCAAGUUGUAUCCCUUGCCUUGCGCUGCCCACUCCUUACAGCAUGUUCUCUACGCCCUUGGACCCCGAUGGGACCGUGUUCCGGCUCCGCUUCACAGCCUUUGUCUGGUGGGUCAUCACUUUUCCCCUGUUCGGCUUCUUCUUCUGCAUCAUCUGGUCUCUGGUGUUCCACUUUGAGUACACGGUGGCCACUGACUGCGGGGUGCCCAAUUACCUGCCAUCAGUGAGCUCUGCCAUUGGUGGGGAGGUUCCCCAGCGCUACGUUUGGCGCUUCUGCAUUGGCCUGCAUUCGGCACCCCGCUUCCUGACGGCCUUCGCCUAUUGGAACCACUACCUCAGCUGUGCAUCCCCGUGUCCCGGUUACCGCCUUCUCUGCCGCCUCAACUUCAGUCUCAACGUGGUGGAGAACCUCGCGCUGCUUGUGCUCACCUACGUCUCCUCCUCCGAGGACUUCACCAUCCAUGAAAACGCUUUCAUUGUGUUUAUCGCGGCAUCCCUCAGUUACAUGCUCCUCACCUGCAUUCUCUGGCGGCUGACCAAGAAGCACACAGUAAGUCAGGAGGAUCGCAAGUCCUACAGCUGGAAACAGCGGCUCUUCAUCAUCAACUUCGUCUCCUUCUUCUCGGCGCUGGCUGUCUAUUUCCGGCACAACAUGUACUGUGAGGCUGGAGUGUAUACCAUCUUUGCCAUCCUGGAGUACACUGUUGUCCUAACCAACAUGGCGUUCCACAUGACAGCCUGGUGGGACUUCGGGAACAAAGAGCUGCUAAUAACCUCUCAGCCGGAGGAAAAGAGAUUCUAAACCACCCUUCUCUAAUGCUGGGGAGAGGCAACCUACUGCCCAGAAGCAAGAAGCCACUCUGGCCGUCCCUAUCUCCAUGUCCUCUCCGGGCCCUUCUCUAGCUGGGGACUGAGCAGGGAGCAGGGAGAAGAGCAGGAGUGGGUAUGACAAGGCUGACCCCAGCACUGCUGGCUUAUCCCCAACCUUCCCAGGGUUUUCAAGAGGCAUCACCAGUAAGUGAAAGGUACUAAGAACUGAGCUGGCAGGAAAGCCCCAUCAUUGGUGCUAAAAAAAAAAAAAAAAAAAAAGUCCUGAAGUUCAUGACCAUCAUUUAGUUUUUGACCUUUAUAAUGACACUUUUCACUGAGGUCAGGAACCCCUGAGAAGUGGCCCACUACUUGAAGAUAUUUCUCUCUAGACCCUUCAUUGACUGAUGUGUCUAGUGACUACUGUGCACACCCCAGAGCAGCUGUAGUUCUGUGAAUUGCGCAGGUGUUCUAGAUGUACGCUCUUCCCUUCAGCCUCGUGUUCCCGUGUAAGCCUGGGGGAAGGCUUUGCUGGUGUCUCUGAGGUCAUCUGAUAGAAGUAGUGCUCUGGACUUGACAGAUGACUUGGCCCAGAAGCCAAGGAUGUAUUUUGCUUCCUAUCUAGAACCGGCUUUUUGGGCACACUAAAGUGUGCCUGUAAGCUUAGCACAUUGGAGGCUGAGACUGGUGGACUGCUUCAAGAUCCAGGCCAACUUGGGCUACUCUGAGACCUUGUCUCCAAAGUGGAGUGUCAGGCAUGGUGGUACAUGCCUUUAAUGCCAGCACAGCAGAGGCAGGCUGACAUUUGGGAGCUUAAGGCCAGACUGGUCUACACAGUGAGUUCCAGGCAGGUCAGGGCUAUACAGUAAGACCUUGUCUCAGAAGAAAAAAAAAAUCAACCCCUCAAAUCACAGGCUUGUAAGACCUUUCCCUCCAACAAGGAUGCAGGGGUCACCAGAUUUCCCUACUCCAGAAUGGGUUCCUCAAUUCUCCUUCAUUUUCUCCAUUGCCCCAGAUCCCCAGCUUCUAUUUGUAUAUUUUAUUUUGAAGAACAAUAAAUUUUUUCAUUUGCCAACAA